GCAUGAACCUUCCUCCCUCUCUCCACUAGAAAUUCGUUUCAGAUUACGGAGGAGGGAAUCCGCAGUUAGAGAGAGAGAGAGAGAGAGAGAGAGAGGAGACGACCGCUACGACGGCGAACCAGAGAGAAACCACCGCAAUCCGUCGAAACCUCAGUCGCGCGAGCUCGAUUUCUCCGGCGCACAUUCGCGAUUCGUCUUUCGGUUCAACGCUCCCCGGCGAUUUCGGCCGGAGCGAGCGAGCGAGCGAGGGAGCUUCCUAUGAGCCGUUCGGCGUUCAAGUCCGUGGUGUACCACGGCUAUUUGCGCCUGGGGGAGCUGGACGCGGUCCCCGCGAACGGCCGCGGCUUCCGUUUCCCCGACGACGAGAUUCGGAUCCACCGCAUCUCCCCGAUCAGCGAGAGGUGCCCCCCUCUCUCGAUCCUCCAGACCGCGUCCUCGUUCUCGGUCCGGUGCAAGCUCGAGCCGCCCUCUCCGGUCGAGCAGCCGAAUUUGAUCAACCUGCACGCCUCUUGCUUCCAAGAAUUCAAGACUGCUGUAGUGUUGCUUGACGAGGAAGAAAUACACUUGGUGGCAAUGCCUAGUAAGCAGAAGAAGUCCCCGUGCUUUUGGUGCUUCUCGGUUCCUUUGGGUCUGUACGAAUCCUCUCUGGGAUUGCUCAAUCUACGGUGCCUCGCGAUUGUGUUUGAUCUCGAUGAGACGCUCAUUGUUGCCAACACAAUGAAGUCGUUUGAGGACAGAAUCGAGGCUCUUCGAGCCAGGAUUGCUAGGGAGACUGAUUCAGUGAGGAUAUCGGGAAUGUCAUCUGAACUGAAGCGGUAUGUAGAUGAUACAGCGCUAUUGAAGCAAUAUGCAGACAGUGAUUGUGUCAUGGACAAUGGAAAGAUGUACAAGGUUCGGGUUGAGGAGGUCCCUCACCUUUCAGAUAGCCAUGAGAAAAUUGUUAGACCUGUAAUUAGAUUGCAGGAAAAGAAUAUUGUCCUCACUCGAAUCAAUCCUGAGAUCCGUGAAACCAGUGUGCUAGUGAGAUUACGACCUGCAUGGGAUGACUUAAGGAGUUACUUAAUAACUAAAGGACGUAAAAGGUUUGAAGUUUAUGUGUGCACAAUGGCUGAAAGAGACUAUGCUUUGGAGAUGUGGAGGCUUCUUGACCCUGAAGCACGCCUAAUUAAUAAAAAACAACUCUUGAACAGGGUUGUUUGUGUCAAAUCAGGUUCAAGGAAAUCAUUACUAAAUGUGUUGCAGGAUGGUAACUGCCAUCCCAAGAUGGCAAUGGUGAUUGAUGACCGCUCAAAGGUCUGGGAAGACAGGGAUCAACCACGAGUGCAUGCACUUCCUCCAUUUGCUCCAUAUUAUGCUCCUAAGGCAGAGACUGCAAGUGCUGUUCCAGUCCUUUGUAUGGCAAGAAAUAUAGCGUGCAAGGUCAGGGGUUACUUUUUCAAGGAUUUUGAUGGAAACCUCCUAAGGAAAAUCUCCAAAGUAUUUUAUGAAGAUGAGGUGGUUACUUUACCCCAUUCCCCUGAUGUGAGCAAUUACUUGAAGUCAGAGGGCUCUGGUUACAUAACAAAUGGUACUGCAAACACUCCAUUUGCUGAUGGAAUGCAUCGUGCUGAGACCGAUAAAAGACUUAAUCCUCUGGGUGAAAAGCAUGCUGUUGAUGUGUGUGGCAUCCCCGUAAAAGAAACUCCUGAUAUAAAAUCUGAAACAUCCCAGCCAACCAUUACAAUAAUUCCAAACAUAGUUGGUCCCAGUGCUUCAGGAACACUCAUGCCGUCUCAGAAAACUGGUUUGCUUGGUAAUCUUGCUAGACAAGAUUUCAGCUUUUCGGAUCAGGAACAUGACAUGAAAAAGAGAAUUCUUACUAUGAAGCAUGUUCCAGAUUUGAAGAAUCAGGACUCUGGUGAGUCCCUUGUGCUAGAUAGACCACCGGUGGAGUUACCUGCUGCCAACAUUCAACCUCAAGGAGGAAGGCCUGUAGAAGAAGACUCAAACAUAGGACAUGUAAAUUCUAGAAGUCCUAACCCUGGAAGUCAGCAAUCUGAUAAAAAGAGGAGGACCGACAUCAAGAUCAUCUUCGCUCCCAAUAGCAUACUCUUGGAAUGGUGGGACAGACUAGAUCAAAGUGGCCACGAUUACAUCAGUUCGAAAAUUGGAAAACUUGCGUCCUUGCUUCAUGUCGAGAUCCGCUUCAGUCUAGUCCAGGCAUUGGCUCACUUUUGGAAUCCCAUGACGUCUACAUUCGUGUUCGGUAGACAUGAAUUGGUCCCGACUAUUGAGGAAUAUAAUGUUGCAAUAGGAGUUACCCCGAUCACUAAACUUGUUAGGCCUCCCAUCGGUUUAAAGCCCGAAAGUGUCUUGGCUAGAUUUUUGAAUAUGAAAGCCAAUGAGAUAGAGAAGGUUUUGAAAUCUAAUCACAAUAGUUGUCCAAUCACCUUUUUAGUUGAACAUUAUGCAUAUCCGACUGAGCAAUCAAUGCGUCAGUCAUCUAGGGUGUUUCUUCUAGCAUUCUUUGGUUUCGUAGUUUUUCCUUAUAGUAGUAAAGCCAUGAAUCCAUUAGUUGCACAUCUAGUUGGACAAGUAUGUAGAGGAAUGAAUUUCACUAACAUGAUUUUGGCCGAAACUUUCUUAUCUCUCACCCGUUUUAAGAAAAACGAAAGAGGAAGCUUGCAUGCACCGGGUGCACUUUUGCAGAUAUGGUUUCUUUCCCAUGUCAAAGAAUUCGGUUUCCACAUGGACAUACAUGAGAUUAAUGACCACACUCACCCAAUCAAAAAGUUUUUGGAAGAAUCGAAAUCCAUUCCAGAAAGGUCUUAUUCCGAAUGGAUAAGCUUUCUAAAGAACAUUGCUCCUACAGAAAUAUUGUGGCACGUUAGGUGGACCCGCUUUCGUGUUGCCUGUCUUACUCACCAAUUGGAUAAUCCAGUCCCCUUAAUGGGAUUCACGGGGUGUACAUCCUAUUAUCCCCUCAGGGUUAUUAGACAGUACGGCGCCCUUCAGGAAAACCCACCUCCUCUAAGGUCGGACCUUUUCCAAUUCGACCUCACCCAGAAGGAUCUUGGUGAAUCUCAACCAUGCACCUACCAAACGAAAGUGGACUACAUCGAAAGUGCCUGGCACGAUUGUCGCCCACAGGAGAUUACGUAUGUUGAAGAGCUGCAAGGGCAAAUGAAGGAACACCACGCAUCCCUAGAGUACAUUAACCGUCCAGUGGAUCCCGAGUGCUUGCUCUCCAUACCGGACAUACCAGUGAAGCCUACCCAGGCCGCGCUCCAAGCACAAAUUGAGCAGCUUAAGAGGGAGCGGGAUGAGGCGCAAGCUAGUGCCUCUUAUUUGGCACUGCAGAAUAAGCGAUUGCGCUAGACCUAUCAGUGGCCUCGUUGUAUCUGAUUACAUUUCAUGUACGAAGUACGUUGAAAUCAAUGAAGAGGAUCGUCUUUUGAUGAUUCGUAUGGGUGUUGGAUUCACACAAGCGAGUUUUAGGAAAA